AUGUCUGAGCCUGACCAGUGUAUCAUAUGUUUGGAUCCGCUGCCGCACCCCUCGUCCCCGACGCAGAGCAACGCGGCGGCCGUCGACACCGCUGCUGCGUCCACGUCCGAGGCCGCUGAGAGCGAUUCCAACUAUCUCAACAUCGUGGCCGCCCUCGAUGGCUGUGACCACAUCAUCCACGAUGCAUGCAUCCGCUCCUGGGCUCAAAAGACCAAUACUUGCCCCAUCUGCCGCAAGCCCUUCCACUCGGUUCGAGUCUACAACGGCCUGGAUGGCAUCGCCAUUUCCACCUACGACGUCGAGGAUAAAAAGCAGGUUGCCGAAUUCGAUGUGCAGCAGUGGCUCGGGGAGAACCCGGAAGAAGAGGAGGAAGAAUCCAACCCAUGCCCCAUCUGCGACUCGGCAGAGCGAGAAGACAUCCUCUUGCUUUGCGAUAGCUGUGACGCAGCCUACCACACGCACUGCAUCGGUCUCGACUAUAUCCCGGAGGGUGCCUGGUAUUGCAUGGAAUGUGCUCAUCUGUUCCAGACGACAGAGGAACAACCAGAGUCGGGAGCUGCGUCGGAGAACGGCGAGAGGCCUCAAAACACUAUCCCUCCAGCCCCUCGAUCUAACCGAGGCUUCCACGUCCGCACCCGCGCUCGUCUUAGGAGGGCACGUCGCCAAGCACGCAACCUCGAAUGGCAGGGUGCCUGGGGACAGUUCUCUGGCCGCUUCUUUGAGAUAAGCGAGCUGGACCUCGAUAACCAUGACGACGAGGAUGAAGAUCUUGGACGUUACCGCAGGUUCCAGCAGCUUGAUCGGCGGGAGCUGCAGCGGUGGCAGCAACGGAUGGACAUUGCACAGCGUCUAGGUGCACGAGAGUCCUUUGCGAGUAGUAUACCGCCUCGGAUUAGCGAGCGCCUUCAACCCCCGCCACCACCUGUUGAGACGAGGGAAGAGAGACAGGCUUGGGGUGCGUUGGAUCGUGCUCGAGAGGCCGAGGGUACCAGCAGCCCAAACACUCGCAAACGAAAAGCUCGGUCUGUGACGGCCUCGCCCAUUGAACCACCUACCCAAGAACCUGAGAGAAAACUCAAGCGCCCGCGAACUAGACGUCUUCCCACACACGGAGAAAGCUCAACUGCGGCUGUGCCACCGGCCAGCUCAUCCACAGGAAGACUCGCCAAUGGCUCUACUCUAAGAACCAGUAAUACAGACCAGAACGACGCCGAGCCGACUCUUGUUGUAUCCUCUCUGCUCAAAGAGCUAGAGCCCAAUGCUCAUUCCGAAGAUGAGGCGUCCGGCGUAACAUCUGGCUGGCGCCCUUUCCAUGAGGCAUCUUCGCCAGCUCUCUCUCCAUCGCCAUCUGCUUACGGCAGCCCUCGCGCUCUCUCGUUAACUCCACCUCCAUUACCCAACCUCAACGGGCGGCCAUCGUCUCCGACUCUAUCCCUUAGCACACACAUCGAGCCGGUAUACCCGCCUGCAAAUUAUUCACCAACAAAUUCCCCCACGAGUUACUCACCCACUCGCUUCAGCAGCAGCGAUCAUAGCGAUUCUGAAUCGCGCCCACCAAAACCAGAACCUCGAACUGAAGGCCGGAGCGAGAAUCGACUUGAGAGUCGACCUCUGGAACUUCGCCAACCCCGACCGCGACGUGUGCAUCAAGCAUCACCCGAGUCCAGUCCAACGCGGGGAGACGAGAACUCAAUGAGACAUGCCAUGACGACAGAAGAAAAGAAGAAUGUUAAUGAAAUUGUUCGAAACGCUCUCAGGCCGCACUGGCGGGCUCAGAAGCUGACUGAAGAACAAUAUGCGAAGAUCAACCGUGACAUCUCACGAAAGCUUUACGACGAAGUGAAGGACGUGUCCUCACUUGAUGACGAAUCUCGACGACAAAUAUGGGAGAACAAGGUCACCCAAGAGGUGACUCGAGCCAUCUCCGAACUUCAAGCCUGA